CAAGCGUUGAGGCCAUCCUCAACAGAGGACAUUCUCAAAUCACCACCACCAACAUAGUUGAGUAUGUACUCUGUUGAAUAUGAAUUUUUAGGUUCUCAACUCUACUGAGUACAUACUCAGUCAAUUUUUUUCAAUGAUGUAAGCGGUCUCACGAAAUAUACGAAGUACACAAAAUUUGAUGAAAUGUUUGUUACGUAAUAAACAGGUAUUGCCGUCUGCUUUGUUUGUUUGUUUUAUUCACAAACAUGGAGCUUGUCGAAGUAAAACUCCCGACAGAACAAAAUAAUUCUAAGAAAAGGGGCACCAAUUGGACUUCAGAGGAGGAGAUCCUCCUAAUAGAAGAGGUUUUGAAGUAUGAAGAGACCCUCUUCGGUAAAAUGAAGGGUUCGGGGGUGAAGGGUAAACAUGGCAAAUUGAAAGAAUCUACGUGGAAAUCCAUCGCAGAAACCCUUAACUUAAGCUACAAAAAUGACAGAGACAACGACACAGUAAAGAAGAAAUUUAACAACAUCAAACAAAGAGGUAAAGAAAAGAUUGACAUGUUGAGAAGGCCAAAGACAGGCGGUGGUCCGGCGCCUUCUUCCCUAACAGCUUCCGAGGACGCAUUGAUGCAAGCCUUUGAAGGGCGACCACAGAUAUGCGGACUGCCGGAUGGAAUAGACACAGACGCAACUGAUGAAAUUGACAACGGCACGGCUUCUGUCUGUACAUCUUCUGCCGCCUGCACAUCUUCUGCCGCCUGUACAUCUUCUGUCUGUACAUCUUCUGCCAUCUCUGAGUCUGCUACCCCCAAGACUGCAGCCACUGGCCAUCAAGUCUCUUCUAAAAAGCCAAAGAGAAAGGGAAUCAAGGAUGCGUAUGAAGAAGAAGAUUUGGAGAAUAUGAAACUGGAUAAUAAAAAAAUUAAGCUCCAAAUUGAGAAAUUGAUAAUUGAAAAGCAGAAACUACAGGCAGAAAAGGAGUUCAUUGAAAUUAAGAAGGCGUUUUUGGUCCGUCAGUUCGAGGAGCGAUAUCCGAAUUCGAUUAUUUAUACAAGUAAUCCAAGUCUGGGUAAUGAAUUGUAA